UAACCAGCACGAGUACGGAUACACAGCCCUCAUGUUCGCAGGCCUGUCAGGUAGUGUUGACAUCACAGGUAUGUUUCUGGACGCGGGGGCGGAGACUGAUCAGGUCAACUCAGUGGGGCGCACAGCUGCUCAGAUGGCCGCUUUCGUUGGCCAGCACGACUGUGUGACGAUGAUCAACAACUUCUUCUCUCGUGAGCGUCUGGAGUACUACACGCGACCCCAGGGCCAGGAACUGGAGCCCAAGCUGCCCCCCAAAUUAGCCGCCCCCCUCCACAAGAUCAUCAUGACGACCAACCUGAACCCUGUUAAGAUGGUGAUGUUGGUGAAAGAGAGCCCCCUGCUGGCGGAGGUCGGUGCUCUGGAGAAAUGCUACAGAGUCAUGGACCUGCUUUGCGAGCAGCAGCAGGACAUGAACGAGGUGUUGGCGAUGAAGAUGCAUUACAUCAGCUGUGUGCUGCAGAAGUGCCUUUCCUUCCUGAGGCAGCGAGACAACAAACUGGACGCCCUGGUCAAGAGCUUGCUGAAGGGGCGGGAUGGAGACGGCUUCCCCCAAUACCAGGAGAAGUUUAUCCGCGACUGCAUUCGCAAGUUCCCCUACUGUGAGGCAACACUACUGCAACAACUAGUGCAGAACAUCGCGCCUGUGGAGAUAGGUAAUGACCCGUCGGCUUUCUCGGGUGACGACCCGUCUGCGUUCUCGGUUCUGAGUCAGGCUCUAUCGGGCCAGAUGGUUCUGAUGGACUCUGAGUUCUGUUCCACCUGCGGGGAGAGGGGAGCGGAGAGGAGAUGUUCCGGAUGCAGAAUGGUGAUAUACUGUGGCCAGGCGUGCCAGCGUCUGCACUGGUUCACCCAUAAGAAGGUGUGUAGGGGUCUAAGGAACCGGAGUGACUCCCCGAGACUACGAGAGAUCACAGACAACACAGCAGAUGACACGGCCAGCGGUGUGUCAGGAGACACUUGUGUGACGGACAAGGCCUGCGUCGUGACAGAGGCGGAGUCAGCGUCCAGCUCCCUGAAGAGCCUACGCCUGGCCCCCCCUCCCCACACACACAGGGCCCCCACACCCCAGGCACCAGGGGGCCCCCCACGGCAGGCGCCCGGAGCCCCCCCGCCCCACGCACCCAGGGCAGCCCCCUCCUCUUCCUCCACCACUUCCUGUGAGGAGGAGGAAGAGCCCCCCAGCAUGUGCCCCGCCUUCCCUGCUGACUUCCACUUCUGA